UUUUUCUUUUCCCCUUGUGAAACUGACUGAUCGUAACGGCCGGAAGUCUGAUCAAGCCGUUUCCAGUAUUGGUUUCUGCAUGCUUGUGCUCCGGUUAACGAGGGGAUUUGUUGUUGCUUGUGUGUAUAUGUAUGUAUAGGUACGGGAAUUGGAAACGGAUCCGUUGUUUAAUUCGGGCCGUGGAUCUGCACUGACUGAGAAAGGGACGGUGGAGAUGGAGGCCAGCAUCAUGGAUGGGUCCGGAAGGCGAUGCGGCGCCGUCUCCGGCGUCACCACCGUGAAGAACCCAAUUUCUCUCGCCCGACUUGUCAUGGAGAAGUCCCCCCAUUCCUAUCUUGCUUUUUCCGGCGCUGAAGAAUUCGCCAAACACCACGGUGUGGAGAUGGUUGACAAUGAUUACUUCAUCACUGAGGACAACGUUGGCAUGCUCAAAUUGGCAAAAGAAGCCGAUUCAAUCCUGUUUGAUUAUAGAAUUCCAACAAUAGGAGAAUCCUGUAGUUCAGUAGUGGACACCCCACCGCUUCAAAUGAAUGGACUUCCGAUCAGUGUGUACGCCCCCGAAACGGUGGGAUGUGUGGUGGUGGACAGCCAAGGCCAAUGCGCCGCCGCCACCUCCACCGGCGGACUGAUGAACAAAAAGGUAGGUCGGAUCGGUGAUUCGCCCUUGAUCGGUGCAGGCACAUACGCCUGUGACCUGUGUGGUGUAUCGUGCACGGGUGAAGGGGAGGCCAUCAUACGGGGGACCCUGGCCCGGGACGUGGCGGCGCUGAUGGAGUAUAAGGGGUUGGGGCUGCAGGAGGCGGUGGAGUAUGUGAUCGAGAAGCGGUUGGACGGGGGCGGGAAGGCAGGGCUGAUUGCGGUGUCUAGCAAAGGGGAGGUGUCGUAUGGGUUCAAUUCAGUUGGAAUGUUUAGGGGGUGCGCUACUGAAGACGGGUUCAUGGAAGUUGGUAUUUGGGAGUAGAUGGUUAUGUAGUAUUAUUAGUAGUAGAAGAAAGGAUAACACUACCACUCCCUCUCUCUUGCCAAUGCUGCUUGUUUUUUUGUUAACAUUUUUGCUGCUUCUCAUUUAUUAGCCUCAAAUUUCAACUAAUAGUAUUAGUACUUUUAGUAAUCUUCCUCUUCUUUUAUGA